AUGGCGUUUCUCUCGAACAGAGCUUUAUUCGUAAAGAAUCUAAGCUACAACGUUACUCCCGAGGAGCUCUUUGAGCUCUUUGGCAAGUUUGGCGCCAUUCGCCAAGUGCGUCAGGGCAUUGCCAACAACACCAAGGGCACUGCCUUUGUCGUCUAUGAAGACGUCAUGGACGCAAAGCAGGCUUGCGACAAGCUAAACGGCUUCAACUUCCAGAACCGUUACCUCGUCGUCCUCUACCAUCAGCCCGACAAGGUGGCCAAGUCAAAAGAGGACCUCGAGGCCCGCAAAGAGAAUUUAGCUCGGCUCAAGAAACAGCACGGCAUCGAUUGA